AUGGCCACUGUAUUCUUUUUCUUUGCUGUGUUGUGUCUACUUUCAUUCCCAUCUACCUCCUCUGCAUCUCCUGGUGAUACUGUCAUAGAAGUUGCUGAUGAAGAUGUUAAAUGUGAGAUAGCCCUGUUAGCAUUAUAUAGAAGAUGGCUCGCCGUCCAUCGACCCCAUGAGUAUGAUCUCCGAAACAAAGGUCAACGUUGGGGCCAUGAGAACACAUUACUGAAGAGAUUCCAAAUCUUUCAAAACAAUGUGUGGUUCAUUCACGCAAGUAAUAAAAGGAGUAACAUCACUUACACUCUGGGUCUCAAUAAAUUUGCAGAUUUGAGUAAUGAAGAAUUUCGAGCAAGGUACACUACACCUGCUCGGCAAAUGCUUCUGCAACAUCAGUCCAUGAAGCAACACUUCAGUUAUGAGAAUGUUAGGGAACCACUGCCAGCCUUCAUCGAUUGGAGGAAGAGAGGAGCCGUCACUGGAGUCAAAGACCAAGGUCCAUGUGGGAGCUGCUGGGCUUUUUCCACGGUUGCCGCGGUUGAGGGGAUCAACCAAAUCAGAACAGGAAAGUUGGUUUCCUUGUCUGAGCAAGAGCUAAUCGACUGUGAUAAGAAAGUAAAUGAAGGGUGCAAUGGUGGGCUUAUGGAUUAUGCUUUCCAGUUCAUUGUUGAGAAUGGAGGAAUUAGCUGGGAGAGUGAUUAUCCUUACACUGCUAGUGACAACAUAUGCAAUAUAACAAAGAAGAAUCCACAUACGGUCUCCAUUGAUGGUUAUGAAGAUGUUCCAGCCAACAGUCCCAAUGCACUUAUGAGAGCUGUCUCUCAUCAGCCUGUUUCGGUUGCAAUAGAAGCUGGGGGGCUUGAAUUUCAGUUCUACACCAAGGGAGUAUUUAAUGGGUUCUGUGGAACAGACCUUGAUCAUGGGGUUGCAAUCAUUGGAUAUGGGAAAACAGAAAAAGGGAUCGAGUAUUGGAUUGUGAAGAACUCAUGGGGAUCUGAUUGGGGAGAGAAUGGAUAUAUCCGGAUAAGAAGCAACUCUAAGGAGGGAUUGUGUGGGAUAAACAUGAUGGCAUCAUAUCCAAUCAAAUCCACCCCCAAUCCUACAGCCAGAACAAAUGCAAUCCUGUUCAACUCACACACUGGCGGCGAUUCUGGGCAAUUUCUUACAUCAUGAGAGAGAGAGAGAGAGAGAGAUGUUGUACUAUUGGCAAUUGGCACAAUUCCAUACUAUAUCGUUUCCUCAUUUA